GACUGGUGCGCACGCGCAGAGCGAGUGCCACGUACUGGUUGACGCUGCCGGACACUUCCUGAUGCUGGCUCCCGGUUCCUGCUAGCCUAGCAUCCACCUUCCUUGUUUUGACGGUGUGGGGAAGCCUGUGGGACACAGCGGGGUCAAGUCCGUCUGAAUCAGUUGGAGCAGAAGAGUUCGGACGGCACAAUGAACGGCCAGCUGGAUCUAAGCGGGAAGCUCAUCAUCAAGGCGCAGCUUGGUGAUGACAUCAGACGUAUCCCUAUCCACAAUGAAGACAUUACAUAUGAUGAGCUGGUGCUCAUGAUGCAACGCGUGUUUCGAGGCAAGUUGCAGAGUAACGACGAGGUUACCAUCAAGUACAAAGACGAAGAUGACGACCUUAUCACCAUCUUCGACAGCUCAGACCUGUCCUUCGCAAUCCAGUGCAGUAGAAUACUUAAGCUGACAUUGUUUGUGAAUGGUCAGCCCAGGCCUUUGGAAUCCAGUCAAGUGAAGUACCUGCGGCGAGAACUCAUCGAGCUGCGGAAUAAAGUCAACCAUCUCCUGGACAGCCUGGAGCCCCCCUCAGAACCGGGCCUUACUGCCAGCGCUCCGGAAAAUGAAGCAGGGGAUGGGCGUGACGCCAAGGUGAUGACAGCCGACCCGGCCGUGAAGCAUGGCCCCCCAGUCAGUGCAGCGAGCAUGUCGGCCUUUGACCCUUUGAAAAACCAGGAUGAAGUCAAUAAAAAUGUUAUUUCUGCUUUUGGCCUGAGCGAGGAACAGGCGCCAGCUCCGCCAGCAGUCGGCCCGGAGGAGCGCUCGGCAACCCCUGAUAGCAUUGCUUCCUCCUCCUCUGCAGCCCCCCAGCCAGGAGUGCCCCCCCAGCCUCAGGCCCCUUACUCUGGUGUUCAGCAGGCACCCCCAGCCGGUAUGGAUGGUCAAGUGUACCAGCAGUACCAGGCUCCGGGUGGUUACCCCCCUCAACAACCAGGUGCCCCUCCACAACCGCAGUACAAUGUGCAGUACCCUGCCGGGUACGGUGGCCAACCUGGAGCUCCUCAGCCGGGUGCCCCUCAGUCACAACCGCAGCAGUUCCAGAACUACGCCCCGCCUUCAUCCCAGGCCCCUGCACAGGGUCCGUCCCCGACCCCAGGAUUCCAGGCUGGCCAGCAGCAGCCUCACCCUCCUCAAGGUGCCCAGCAGUAUCCUCCAGGAGCCUUCCCGCCGCAGAACUACACGUCCCAAGCUGCCCAGCCUGCCAACUACAGCAUGCCGCCCAACUCCCAGCCUGGCCCCGGGUACCAGACCCGCCCAGGGUACACCCCCCCGCCAGGUAGCACUCCUCCCCCCGGAGGUGCCAACCCAUAUGCCCGAAACCGCCCGCCUUACGGUCAGGGCUACACUCAGCCCGGCCCUGGAUAUCGGUAAAAACGUCGAGCGGCUGUCCUCUGAUGUGGCUCCAAAACUUUGGACAGGGAGCAGGAAACGCAACUUUCUGCUCUGCAACCCCCUUAAUUCAAAUUUGGAAUCUCAAACAUUACACCCCGCCCCGCCCCACACAACCCCAUUGCUUGUGUUUGUGUGCUUCUGAUCCCCACACAACAUGCUCUUUUAGCCUAGCAUUCUCUUCCUAGUGUCGUCUUUUAAUUUCCUGCCCCUAACACGCCGCUGCUGUGUCGGUGUUUGGAUGAGACGUGGUCACCCCUGCGCACAACUGACCACCAAAUUUAAUUCCACCACUGCGAGCGACACUUUCACUGACAACCCUCAAGUGCUGACAUGAGCAACAGCUCAACUUGUUUUGGACUUUCUGGCUCGGUGCCCCCUUCUGGUUUGGCUGUGUGCUUCAAUCUUUCAUCAACAACUGUGCGGUGGUCAGAAAAAUUCAGUGCUGGGAAAAGGCUUUUUAAGAAUUGAGAGACAACAGAAAACAUGUCCUUGUCUAAUGUGUAUCACUUCCAGUUAAGCUCUCUUUAUCUUAUCACUGUUUUUUUGUACUAAUAUAUCAAGUUCCACCUUCAAAUGAAAUUAGUGGUUAUUGUAUAAACUGUAACAUUUUUCUUUAUCCUAAUAAAUGAUUCAGACCAUGCGG